CAUAAACAUGGACGAAAUCGAUUACAAAUUGAAAUCACAAAAUCCUACUUUGAUAUCACAUGCAAUAUCCAAGCUGAUUGAGGCAAUCAGAAAGAAGUUGGAAACAGAAGAAAAGGAUAUUUCAAAAAUAUCCGAAUUUAAAUUACUCUCGACUAAAUGCAACAGUGAUGAUUCUAUAGUUAGCACAUCUGCAUGCCAAGCGUUGUUUGUGCUUGGUGAGACUGGAUUGUGGGAUGUCAAGUCUGCAUUAGCAACAUUCAUGGCAUGCUUAUCUUCUUCAAAGAAUUAUCAGAUGAUUACUGUAGCAAUAAGUCGACUAUUGAUAUUAGAUUGGAAAUCACAUGAUAGAUGCAAUGAAUAUACUCUCGACGUCCCUACUCAGCAUCCAUUUAUUGCGAUCCUGAUUAAGGAAAAGCUCAGCUGGAGAUCUGUGCUGAAUCAAAUGAAGUUCAUUAUGCAUCAUUACGACAAAAAUGUUAUGGAGCAAAGUGUAGAGUUAUUGCGACCUGUAUUCGUGCACAUAUUAUGCAAUCCUACAAUGGAUAUGUGUGAAAGUUGUAAACAGGAGACAUGGCAAUUUUUAAUAAAAUCAAGUAACACUACAGAUUUACGAACAGAAAUCUUACUCUGGUUAUGCACAAAUCGAGCGGACACUUGCGUUGAUGCGAAUUGCCGAGUUCUUGAGCUUGCGGAUAUAAUCUUGCUGAAAAGAGAUACAGAAUUUUGUACAGCAUUGAUACCUUUAAUCGCUUCUUUGACGAUACAGCUUUUGGAAUACGGUCAUGAACCAACACAAAAUUUUUGCAUGAUAUUGGAUCUCUUUGAAUGUUGUUACAAUUAUAUAGGAAAUAUUACGCUAGUUUUGAUGGCAGAAAUAAUUUUGAUAUGUCCUGCAGCUUAUUUAUUUAACGCCCUCCAAAUAUGUGCAGUUAUUGUGAAUAAAAUGCCAUGCCACGUUACAAUAUUAAAUACGUUAGCUGCAUCCUUAUUAAAAUGGUUGGCCUAUCCGUCGUUAUUAUGCGCUGAUGCGUUAGUGAAAGCAAAAGAAUUGUUAAUCAAGAUAAUGUCACAAAAGGAAAUGGACAGUAACAACGGUAUUAUAUCAAACAAGAUGCUGCUUAUAUUUAGCUAUAGCAAUAGAUACAUCCAAUUUUAUAUGGAACUCAUCUGCAGUCUAUAUUCUCUGAAAAAUAACACUCUAUCAUGGUUGGAGAACUUAUCGCUCGCACCGAUCGAUCUGAGAUAUAUGUGCAAAUUGGUAUUGUGUGGGAUCUUCUUGCGUAGUGAUGAACCUCUUAUUGUGCAGAAAGUCUGUCAUAUUCUCGUGCAAAUAGCGAGAGAGAUCAACUCCUUCGCUUCGCACGUAUUGUCGCUGUUGCUAUACAAAUUAACUAAGACUCACGAUAGCUCCACAUUGAAAUAUCUGUUACUGACUGUUCCCGAGUUUGCCAUGACUAAGGAAAACCUACCGAUCGUCAUUCACACGUUAGACACAUUGUUGAAUAGCGGCAAGCCACUGAAAUAUUUCGCGAUCCAGCUUUACAUAAAGGCAUUGGAGAAGGAGCCACGUUGCUAUCGCUUCAUAUCCACUGCUCUAAUGGAUGCUAUGGAGAAAGAUCAUAACUGGCAUUCGGACGUGACAUGCGCUCAGGCGAUAAAGUGUAUUUGCGAGAGUUGGCCCGAGUACGGUGAGGAACUUGUGCCACUGUUGUCACAAAUCCUGAAUCGAUGCGUUGAUCUGAAUGGUAGUGCAGCCAGUGCACUCGCACUCGACAGCAUCUCGGCUUUAUGCAAGUCUACAGUAAUAGGCGUUUAUUCUACCUGGCAAGUGUUAGCACCAAAGAUGCGCAAGGAGAAGCGCACGGUGGUCCUGGAGAGUCUAUGCGAGUUCUUCGGUAACAUUCCCUCGUACUCAUUCCGUGCGAGCGACGACUACAACAGAUUCAUCACUGAUGUUGUUACAAUUUUGUGGAGCUACACGAUCUGCGACGAUAUCAGAGUCGCAAAAGCGGCGUUUAAAGCACUGAAAACUUAUCAGGUCGACCGAAUUCCUUUGACUGCUCUGCCUCUAGACUUCCAAUCGGAUGUCGUGAUAAAGCACACGUCUGAAAAGGCAAGUAGUGAAGGUAACAAGCUCGAGGUGCUGCAGUACAUACCUGGCACUUGUUGGAUCCAGAUGCUGAAGAAUGUGAAUAGGAAUGUCUUAUCAGCGGCAGGAGAUCUUUUGAUUUCUUAUAUUAAGGAUGAAUUGAACAGCUUCAGAUCACAAAUAUAUACUUGGCCGCAAGGAGAACCACAAAACUAUAAGUACCUGCCAGAGAGAAGUGUGAUAAGGGCAAUCGGUGAGCACUUGAGACGAAGUGAUAAGUUGGAUCCGAAUAAUCAGACAGUUUUAGUGGAGUGUCUGCGUAUAUUUGCUCAUAAGCACAAAAAACCAUUGCCGAAUAUAAAAUGGGACUUUUUGGAAAAAACUAUGCAUAUAUCGAAGGAAGCUCAGGAAUACAGUCUAUCCAUUGCGAGUCAUCAUUGUCAAAUCUCGUUGUCGGCGAAAUUGCUAACAGAAAGUUUCUUGUCUAUGUAUACGUCCAUAUCAGAAGCCGGUCGAUUGCUGCUGGACGAGAAACACUUGGUGCUUUACUCGAAUCUGCAGGAACUGUGCCAGGCUAUUCAGCCAAAUAACUUAAAGAAAUUCAUCGAAACUUCUCUCCAUUAUGCCAUUGAUCAAAUUUUAUUGAAUAACGAAAAGUCCAUUUAUCUAUUCGAUCAUAUCAUGUCUUCUUAUGUCACCGCUUUAAAAAACAACUCGAUACAAAUAGGAAAUCGCACGCUGCUAACCACCAUGUUGGAAGAGAUAUCGCAAAAAGUCGACUUAACGUCUAAACAUUUCGAGAAAUAUUUUGCGGCUAUGAUGGAAUUGUUGACUAAGGAUGUCGAAAGAAUGACGUCGCCUUACACCUGGUGGGUAGUAACACCAGAAAAAUUGAAAACCGCUAUCGCUAUUAGAGUCCAAUCAGCCUUCAGAGGAGAUACUGGCAUGCCGUUCACUUGGCUAAAUGAUCUUAUCAACGCGACCGAACUUAAUUCUGAGAUGCAAAAAUAUUUGUUAGAAAGUAUACAAAAAGUGCAGGCUGAGUUGAGAUCAAAAAAAUCCUGUGAUUUGGAAAUACAAAAAGACUGGAUUUUAGAUUUUAUGAGACAUAUUGAUGUGCUUACAGUAGAGACAGAAAAUAAGAAAAACAAUAUAACUUUUUACUGUGAUAUUUUAUUCAUCUUGAUUAUCUGUUUAUCCGGCAUAGAAUGUCUCCUGCCGAAAAAAGAAUUGCUAGUUACUUCGCAAGACAUUAGGAUAAGAUUGUUUCCACAAGCAAUUUCUAUGCUUAUUGACCGACAAAUUUGGAAAUCUAUAAUACGCCAGAUUAUGAAAUGGCUGAAUCACAUGAGGAGCAGUUCUGUACCUGAUGUAUAUAUACUUGCAUUUCAAAGCGCGUUAAUCUUAUUAAGGCAUGAAGAAGACUACAACUCAGAAUGGAAAAAUUACUUGUCAGUCAAAACUCGUAUUUAAAUAUAACUAAAGAGAAAUACGUGUACAAUAAAUAUUUUUAUAUUAAAAAAAGGGACGUUUUCUUAUUGAACUGAUUUACUUAUUCGUAAUACUCAGCCUUGAAUUUCAUUAACGAUAAUAAAAAAAUCUUACAACGUAUAUUUAUACACCUGACAUCCUACUUUAACGUCUAACCUUAUUACUAAUAAAGUAACAAUUGUUAUACAAGCUUUGAUAGGUAUAUACAUACACUUAGGUCCAUAUUCUUA